CAUUAGGACAAAGCCUUUUCCAUUUCGAACUCUAAAUAUUAGAACAAGUCUUAUAAAAAACCAUUUUUGGUCUUCUUCUCGUGAUCUCAUAAUCAACAACAUUAUAUAUAAAACUAAAAGCACUCCCCUCAGAAUCUUUGCCCUGUACUUCCCAAUUCCUAACUCUUCCUUCGCUUUACACCACUCUUCCCUCUCUCUCUCUCUCUCUUCUCUUUCUCUCUCUCUCUCUAUCUACAGAUCUUUCUCUUUUUCUCUCUCUAUAUCGUAAGCUCCAGAUCAGUCCCAAAGCAGAUGGCAAUGCAGGAAAGUCCCGUUUCGGCCGAAGUUGUUGGGAAUGCGUUUGUGGGGCAAUAUUACAAAAUCCUUCACCAUUCUCCGGAAUUGGUGCAUCGAUUUUAUCAGGAUUCGAGUUCGCUUAGCAGGCCAGAUGCUACUGGCACAAUGGCAACCGUGACAACAAUGAAGGCAAUAAAUGAGAAGAUUUUGUCCUUGAAAUAUGAGGACUAUACGGCAGAAAUCACAACUGCGGAUGCUCAGGAGUCAUAUGAGAAAGGAGUAAUUGUUCUAGUAACUGGAUGCUUGACAGGAACGGACAACAUCAGAAAGAAAUUCACACAAACAUUCUUUCUUGCUCCUCAAGACAAAGGUUACUAUGUCUUAAAUGAUGUAUUUAGGUUUGUUGAGGAGAGCAAAGUAUUGCAGGUCAACUCUGUCCCAGUUAAUGGCAUCAGCGAAAAUGCUCAGGAAGUUUCCUUGGCUGCAGAACCAGAGCCUACUACUCAUUCUCCUGAUAAUCCAGUGGUGGACCCUGCAAAUCCUUCAGAAGAGGAAGAUCCUAAUGAUGGUGCUGAAGUUUACGAUCCUUCAGAUGAUGAGGACAGCUCUGUGGUCGAAGAUGAGGUUGUGGAACCCCCUUCUCAUUCAAGUUGGAACAGAAGUCUUCCAGUUGUUGAUUCUGCUCCUGAAACCCAGGAGGACAUUCCAAAGAAAUCAUAUGCAUCGAUUUUGAAGGUAAUGAAGGCUAGUACAACGCCAACACCUGCAUAUGUUCCUAACCGAGCUGUUGUGAGGACAACAACAACAAACACUGAUCAACAAUCGUCUAAUUCUGCAAAACAUGCCCCUGUUGUGGGGGUAUCAGCUCCUAGUGGGAGUGGUGCUCCUGAAAGUGACUCUGCACAUGAAGAAACUGAAGGUCAUUCCAUAUAUGUGCGGAACUUGCCGUAUGAUGCAACAGUCGAACAGCUGGAGGAGGAAUUUAAGAAAUUUGGCCCUAUUAAACGUGAUGGGAUCCAAGUCAGAAGUAGCAAGCAAGGAUUCUGUUUCGGCUUUGUCGAAUUUGAAAGCUUGAGUUCCAUGAACAGUGCACUGCAGGCUUCACCUCUUACAAUUGGGGAUCGUCAGGCCGUUGUCGAGGAGAAGAGAACCACUACUCGAGUUAGUGGGAGUGGGAGAGGGAAGUUUUCUUCUGGAAGAGGCGGGUUCCGUAGCGACAGUUUUAGAAGCCGUAGCAACUUCGGUGGCAGUCGCAAUUAUGGAAGGAAUGAAUUCAGAAACCAGGGUGAGUUUUCAGGGCGAGGUAGGGGUUCAACUGGGCGCAGCGGAGAGGGUUAUCAGCGUAAUCAGAAUGGAAGAAGUGGACGCCAAGGCGGUGGGGGCCGCGGUUCUGUUGCUACUUGAACAUUGGUAGAAGGAAGCGGUGGAUAGGCAUUUUUUGGGAUACAAAUGAGGCUCAUUUUUUUUUUAAUCUUCUUUUUAUUUUUUCCCUCUUUUAGCUCCCUUUUCUUAUGGAUAAAUGAGGGGUACUAAGAUUUAGAAUUUUUUUUUUCAACUUCAACCAUUGACCAAGAUUAU